CGCAGCCCGGCGGCGCGCGCGGAGCUGGACGGAUCGUCGCAUCGCAUCGCGUCCUCCACACGCGAGACGUUCAUGCAGCGCAGAACCAAACACGCGCACGCGCGUCUCUUAAGAGACCCACUCACUAACUCGCCAUCGGCGCGCAGGCGUUGAUUCACGGGGGCGCGCUCCGCUCUCCGCCGCACGCGCGCACAACUUGGGCAAAAGAAAACAGUUUAUUGAGAAGUGUUUCGCGGUGCGGGGGUCGGAGGGGAGGGGGGCGCUUGGGGACCCGGAGAGUCGCAUCAUGCCCCGUUCCGGCGCGCUGUGCGUGUGCCUGCUGGCGCUGCUGAGCCCGGCGGGGACGCUGCUCACCGAGGACGUGGAGGUGCUGGUGUUCCUGCCGCGGAACAACUCGUACCCGUUCUCGCACACGCGGGUCGAGCCCGCGAUCCUUUACGCGCAGCGGCGGCUGGGGGCGGACGGGGGUCGGUACUCCGGGUUCCGCUUCCACGUCCACUUCGAGGACUCGGACUGCGUGAACGAUGCCCUGUUCGCCAUGGUGGACCGCUCGUGCGUGCGCAAGCCGGACCUGGUCCUGGGGCCGGUGUGCGAGUACGAGGCGGCGGCGGUGGUGAGGCUGGCGUCCCGCUGGGACAUCCCGGUGGUCUCGGCAGGUGCCCUGGCCGCCGCCUUCGGGGACAAGCAGGGCGAGUACUCCCACCUGACGCGCAUCGCGCCGUCCUACGUGAAGAUGGCGGAGACGUUCGCGGCGAUGUUCAAGCACUUCAAGUGGAGCAGCGCGCUGCUGGUGUACGAGGACGACAAGGGGGAGCGCAACUGCUACUUCACGGUGGAGGGGGUCUACCACCUGAUCUCCGACUUCAGCAUCAAGAUUUACGCGUUCCAGCAGGAGGUUCGCCUGGACACCGAUGACCUCCUGCAGGACAUCGUGGACACCGAAGUGGUGAUCAUGUGCAUGGGAGCGGACAGAAUACGAGAGAUCAUGCUGGCUGCACACAGACGACGGCUGACCAACGGCAAUUAUAUGUUCUUUAAUGUUGAGCUGUUCAACGCCUCCUUUUAUGGCAACGGUUCGUGGAAGAGAGGGGAUAAAUAUGACAACGAUGCGAGGCAAGCCUACGCUUCACUGAACACGUUGACGCUGCUCAGGACGGUCAAGCCCGAGUUUGAAAACUUCUCCAUGGAAAUGGAGAAAGCCGGGUAUCAUGACUGCAAAGACUGCGGAAGUGUGAACAUGUUUGUGGAGGGGUUCCACGAUGCCAUGCUGCUGUAUGCCAUCGCCUUGCAUGAGGCCAUGAAGAACGGAUACAGUAAGAGGAACGGAACCGAGGUCAUCUCACGCAUGUGGAACAGAACUUUUGAAGGGAUUGCCGGCCAGGUAUCAAUAGAUGCCAAUGGAGACAGAAAUGGAGAUUUCUCUUUGAUGGCAAUGACGAAUGUGGAAGCAGGAACCUAUGAGGUGGUGGCCAACUACUUUGGUGCAAAUGGAACUUUUCAGCUGCUUCCUGCCUUCAACACAGACCAUUUCACCCUGAGAGGAAGACAUCGACCACAUGCAGAGAUAGCAGAGAAAUCAUGUGGACUGGGAGUAUCAGCUUUGACUGGAGUCAUAGUGGGAGCUGUUCUGGGAACUGCAAUGCUUGUAGCAUUCUUCUUUUUCAGAAAAAACUACAAGAUUACCAUUGUGCGUCGCACGCACAGUGAAGAGUGUGACAAUGGGAAGCACCGUCAGUUGCGAGAGGACUCCAUCAGAUCCAAUUUCUCUGCAGCUUAAACCGCUGCAGCACCCCCCACUUCCCCUUACACAAAACCACACAUGCAAAUGUCACCAAAGACUUUGAGAUGGUUGUCAUUGGAACCAUGCUGUUAAACAUGAGACAUUUCUUUGUGUUUGUAUACUUUAAUGUUUUGGAUUAUUGCACCUCAGGACAGUCGUAACAGUCACAGAGCACCACGUACUUCGGUAGGUAUACGAUUGCACCCGUGGAUCAAAAGCUUUGGCCAUAAUGUUCCUCCAAGGUUCUAUAUACGAUAUUAGAUGUUGGUCCUUUCCUUCGGCCUGAAUGGAAGAUGGAACGUGAGGCUUCAGAAAAGCUCCACAAACCGAUGGGUGACGUCAGGCCGACUACACCCACUUCUUACAGACAGGCUGUGCGAUAGCGGCCAUGCAGAAGUGUGACCCCGACUCUCCGUCACCCCCCUCAGGUUCACACUGUUAGCACUGUUAGCAUCGUUAGCUCAAUUGUGGCUCCGGCUCAACCACCUCCAUGUUUGCUUACUUCUUUUAAGGAUACUUCUGAAAUUUUUUAUGAUUGGAUUUGAUUUUUACAUUUUAUUCAGAUGGGGGUUAGCGUGACUGAAUGAUUCUGAGCAGACGGAGUGUCGAACACUAUAUAAAUGCAUGCACUAGUGAGGCGGCUGAGCUCUAGUUUAGCCUCUAAAGAAAUGAUACAGCUGAAGCUCACGGACUAGAAGUGAAGGCCAUAAGCUACUGAUAUUAGGCUGCUGAAGAUUUUGAGGUUUUCAGUUUGUACAAAUUUAAAUUCCUUAUUCCUAACUGAGCACAUUGCUUUUAAACUCAGAUUGGCUCUGUCACAAUGUGUAGUUUUUAAAAUGUGCUAACUCCUUAAAAACGUUUUGUGCUACUUUCUGAUUUGGCCUACUUUACCAAGUAGGCUUCAUUAAUGCUCGGUAAAUUAUUGACUAAUGCUUUAAAGAGCAGUAACAUGUAAUACGCCCUUAAUUAGAACAACUGGUGUUGGGUCGUGGUCGUGAACUGAAGCGCUGCACCGAUUAUCUGAUCUGUCCGAUCGUCUAUGUGAUUGGAUCAGGUUUGUUUCCCUCUUGGGUAUUUAGUGUUAGGAGUUACCUUGAGAACAAUGUUAACACAACCAAUUGAUAAUAUAGACGUAGAGCUGUAGGAGAACAAUGCAAAGGUUUUUAAUAAUGACUUAUUGUCUCGAUAAUUAUUAAGUGAUUUAUUAACAUUACCAAAGACAUAAAGCAAAAUAAAUGAUGACCCAUUAUAAGGAAAUCACAAAAUGGAACAGAAAGAAUAAAUUGAGAUAGUCACGGUUUUUCUGCAUGAAAAACUAUUUUCUGUCUACAUUAGUGCCUCUUUAGUUCUUAGCUAGUCAUUAGGGUUGUGUUAUUUGUGCGGGAUUUAAAGAUGGUGAACCUGGUAAACCGCUCUACCACCCGGCUGGCUGAUAACAGAUUUGUUUUGUAUUCACUUCAUUCUGGAGUAGCAAACUUUUGGUUAAAGCUCUGUAUGAUAUAACUAUGAUAACUUUUGGUAUUUCUUAGGGUGAAGUGAAAACCGUGACCUUAUUUUAUUUAAAUUAUUACACCAAGCCAGUUAUAUAAUGUGUGUACGAAGAGUUUGAUUUGUAGAAUAACCAUCAUCAAAUGUGGCAUUUAAUGUACUUAAGUUUGAUUAGAAUAUCUAUGUUUGUCAUCAGGAUGUGGCAAUAAGAACAUUAGUUAAUAAUUAUUCUUGGAUGCGCGCAGGCCGGCCCACGUUAAGGAAACGUAUAUUUAGUACAUUCACAGGGCUUAGGCUUUUCUACAUUUUGUCAUGGUAAAACCACAGAUUAAAAUUCAUUUCAUUGGGAUUUUAUGUAAUGGAUCAACACAAGAUAGUCCAUCAUCUGGAAGUCGGAGAGAAACUUACAUUGAUUUCAAAAUGAUUUACAAAUACAAAUCUGAAGAGUUGAGUGAAUAUGUCUUCAUCCACUUACCGUAAAACCCCUCACAAAGAUGUGGUGCGACCAACUGCCUUCACAAGUCACAUAAUUGUUAAAUAUGUAUCCACCUGUCAGCAAUUUCAUCUCAGUAUGAAUACACCUGUUCUGCUGCGAUACGGCGCAUGAAUUGAAGAAGUCGUAUCACUGAAGCAGGUCAAAUGUGGGCAAGCCAAAGAAAAAUAUCCUUCAUUUAAUGACCAUCCAGGGGAAGAUAUAGGUGCCAAGCCACUGUUGUUAAUCCUGCACUCAUUCAUAUAAACAUCACUUCCAGUGCAACUCAUAAUGCUUCAUAAGCUACCUGUAGAAUGCUUCAUCAGCUACCACUGAUGUUCCGUUGCCUACUUAAAGCUUGAAGAUCUAGCUAACAUUAAGAGGUAAAUAACAUUCAGCUUACGUAUGUAUGUAUGUAUGUGUAAAUGUAUAAAUAAAUAAAGAAUGCGGAUCAGCUGUCUUUAUCAA